UUGGAGUAUAGUCUUAUGUUUGUACAAACUUUCCUAGCACUGAUUGGAAUUCAGUUAUAAAUAUGCUAUUGCUUAAGUUUUUGUAUUCAUCAAUUAUACUGCAUCAUGUAGUCAUCUGUUCCUCCAGAAGAUAGAUUUCUUCUUCUGCAUCUUACUUUAUUGAGCUUUAAUCACCUGCCUAAGUGAAACCAGUCACUCUUUUAUGGCAGCAUGACGUAAAUGCUCAUAAUAUAUAUUAGGCCUUGAAUCGCAUUCUGCAUUGCAGCUAACUAACUGUCAUUUAAAAAGUGUGGUUUCAGAUUCAAACUUUUGUCAUGUUUUCAUCAAGGUGAUAGCAUCAUAAUUAUUUCAUUACUUGCAAUAGCUUUCAAGAUAAAUUCUGUGACCUUUGUGUUUGUUGUUAUCUACUAUUAACAAAGCUGCCACCAUAAACUGUUGAUCACGAACAUGGAAUGAUUCACCAACUUGGCUUUCAUCAUUGGUAUCAUCUUUGCUUGCAUAUAAAGAACUAAGUCACGCCCAGGUCCUGCCAAUAUUCUCUCUUUAGCCUGGAAAAAUGGCCAAGGAUAUAAGCUUCAAAGGUAAAGUAUGUGUAACAGGUGCUUCUGGCUUCAUUGCUUCUUGGUUAAUAAAGCGACUACUUGAAUCGGGGUAUCAUGUUACGGGAACAGUCAGAAAUCCAGGAGAUUACAAGAAAGUAGCACACUUGUGGGAGUUGGAAGGAGCGUCAGAGAGGCUUCAGUUAGUGAAAGCUGAUCUGAUGGAGAUGGGUAGCUUUGAUGAUGCUGUAAUGGGUUGUGAGGGAGUCUUCCAUACGGCUUCUCCUGUCUGUGAAGUGAAAUCGAAUCCCGAUGCUGAGAUCGUUGAUCCGGCAGUUAAUGGUACUCUAAAUGUGUUGCUAUCUUGCGAGAAAAAUCCAGCACUUAGAAGGGUUGUUCUCACGUCAUCCUCUUGUGCAGUAAGGACGAGAGACGAUAUUGACCCGGCAGUUCCAUUGGAUGAAUCAUCUUGGGGCUCUGUGGAACUUUGUGAGAGGCUUGGGAUAUGGUAUGCCCUGGGCAAAAUACUAGCAGAGAAGGCAGCAUGGGAAUUUGCCGAGGCACACAACAUCAACCUUGUUACUGUUCUUCCUUCAUUUGUUGUUGGUCCUAUGUUGCCUCAUGACUUGUGCCUAACUGUGUCUGAUGUCCUUGAUUUACUUAAAGGAAACUCAGAGAAAUUCUCAUGGCAUGGCCGAAUGGGCUAUGUUCACAUUGAUGAUGUUGCUCGCUGCCAUAUACUGGUGUAUGAAGAUUCUACUGCUCAUGGGAGGUACCUUUGCAGCUCCACUGUCCUGGAUACCCAUGAACUAGCAGCUCUUCUUGCUCAGCGUUAUCCAUCUCUGCCCGUUUCAACCAGGUUUAAGGAUCACUAUGAGAUGCCCGCAUAUGCGUUCGACACAUCAAAGCUGCAAAAAAUGGGCUUCCAGUUCAUAGGGGUUGAAGAAAUGUUUGAUGACUGCGUAGAAUUUCUCAAGCGACGAGGCUAUAUUAACUUCUGAUAGUCAAUGAUUAACUCCAUCCAGUAUCAAUUGUGGUUGGAGUAAUCAGAACCUCUGUGUAGUCUUUCUCAAAUGCAGACCAUCAUAGGGAAUCAUCAUCAUUUUGUCUGUGCUUUAAAAAAAAAAGCAUAUUAGGUCAAUUUCAGUUGGUAAAUAAAUUGACUGGCGUCUUCUUGACUGGGCCAAUAACUUUAUUGAGGUACUCCAAUAUGUGCUAAAGCAUUAUAGAUUGUAAGCUUUUUAUAAUUGUUGCCAUCAUUGUUAAAGUAAAAAGUGUUUUGUUGGGAUGAGUA